AUGGUUCAGAAACAUUACGUAGAAGGGUACAACGCAUUCCUGGAAUUCUUCAAAACCUUCGAUAGCCAGGGUCAGAAGGUUCAUGUACUGUUUUCUAGUACUCCAGGACCUGAUGGAGACACCUUCUGUACUUAUUGCAAAAGAGCAUGGCCUGUUAUUGAUGAAGAACUAGAAAAGUCAGAUCCACAGUCACAUUUUGUAAAGGUAGCAGUGGGAGAUAAGCCAACGUGGAAAGAUCCAGAAUGUGGGUUCAGGAAGGAUCCCAAAACCAAAGUGAGAGUUUUACCAACAAUCGUUAGAUGGGGAGGUCCACAAAGAUUGGAAGGAGAACAAUGUGAUAAAGCAGAUCUAGUCAAUAUGCUUUUCAACGAUGACGAUGACUAG